AUGUCUCUGGUGAAGAGUGGAUGGAGUGGCCUUAAAAGCAGGAUUGCUGCCGAUGGCUUGCAGGUGAGGCUGGGCCAGCGCUGGUGGCCGACUUUGCCCAACACAGGCCAAAAGGACCAGAAGCACAACACUUCCCUGGACCAUGACGUUAACGUGCUGGGUGUCACCAAAAUUGCCCUCAAAAGAAUCCUGAGUCAGCUUUCCACUGGAGAUGAAAUGAAGAUUUAUGGAACAGAUGUCAUGGAGUCCAGCAGCUGCCCACACUUGAGCCAACAGUCAGGACAAUAUAAGGGAGCAGACAGCCUGCGAGUCAGCAUUAAAGACUGUGUUUUCACUGUGGAUAAACCCACUGUAGUCAAAAACUGUGAGUACUUCAGAGCAUUGUUCCAGUCAGGAAUGAGAGAGUCUAAACAGGAGGAGGUCCAGCUGAAAUGUGUGGGGAAUCUGGGAUUUCAAGUUCUGCUGCAGGUGCUGGAUGGGAAGCGACCCAUCCUCAACAGUGACGAGAUCGUCGAAGCAAUAGAGUGUACGGCUUUUCUCCAGGUGCCAGCUCUCACCAAGCAUUUGAUCAAUAUUAUAAAUUCCCAAAACUGCUUGCUCAUGUUUCAUACAGCUGCAACCUACGGAGAGUGGGAGUUGUUCCACAGAGCAGCUUUAUUCAUCAGAGACAUGUACGCUGACCUAGGGGAGGAGGUUCGUAGCUUACCCAGUAAGCUGCUGGAGUACAUUGAGUCUCUUCUCCCAAGUAGCUACAUGGCAGUGUGCAGUCACUCUCCAUCCACUGAGCUGCUCCAGGAUGCCCAGAGGACAGUGUGUCAUCUGGAUGAAGAGCAAAAAGAGUGGCGAAUCCUCACACAUCUUCCUAUGAGCACCAGCACUAUCAUGGCAGGCGUGGCAGUCCUCGACGACAAACUGUACAUAAUCGGAGGAUUGUAUGAUUUAAGCAAGAAGGUAGUGGAGACUGGAUUCUGCUACGAUCCCGUGGCCAAUUCAUGGUCAGUGAUUUGUGGACCUCAGCAGCUACGCUACAACUUCUCUCUGAUAGGUCAUGAGGGAUGUCUCUAUGCUAUAGGAGGGGAGUAUAACAAGAAGGCUCUGUCAUCAGUGGAGAGAUAUGGGCUGUCUGAUCAGAACUGGAGUUUUGUUUCCUCCCUCCCGUGCCCUGCAGCCUCAGUGAUGUCCACUGUAGCCAUGAAGAGGAUCUAUAUCUGUCUUUGGAAAGGGAAAGGGGCCACAGACAUCCUUGAGUACGUACCUGAACACAAUCGGUGGAAUCUGGUCACUACACUCAUCCGCCAGCACAGUUAUGGUCUUCAUAUGGUGGCCCACAGGGAUAACCUCUAUGUGAUGCGGAAUGGACCAUGUGAAGACUUCUUACAAUGUGUGAUGGACUGUUACAACCUGACUUCAGAUCAGUGGACAGUGAUGUCCGGUCAGUACGGGAACAGCAAGAGCUCUCUGUUCACGGCAGCGGUCAGAGGAGAUUCUGUGUUCACGCUCAGCAGACACGUGACCACAGAGUACACCAUAGAGGAGAACAAAUGGAGGCUCCGGCGAAAUUGCCCAAGCCAGAACCUGAGAGACACUGAUGUCUGUCACAGAUGUCCCCUGGGAUGCUCUCAGCACAUUUAA